AUGCGACCAUCACCGGUUGUUUCUAAUUAAUAACACGCGAGUGAGGAAUAUGGUGGGAAAGGACGAAGGAAAAAGGAGAAUCUGUUGUUGAGCUCAAAAUAGAGCACUCCUUUAAUUCAUUCGGUGUCCUUCGCCGCCCAAGAUGUGGAGUUCCUUCAAGAGGAGGCGGUGUUCACCCUAACCCCUCUAUCGUCCCAUCUCCUCUCUCUCUCUCUCUCUCUCUCUGUCCCUCCACAUGUAGGAUCGAUGCAACCCUAGCGGCGGCGUACUGUGCAUCUUCACUGCCCCCACACACAAUCCCCUGCUCGAUCCAUUUCAAACAUUAAUUUCUGUUAUAAAUAUAUUAUUUUUCCAAGUAACUACUUUAAUUGUUUCUUAAGGGUUCAAAUCCCAUCGUUGAAGAUGUUACCUUUACCUGACUCUCAGAACAACUCGGACAAGUCCUUUUACCCGCAACUCGAGCUUUACCCUCCUUCCCCUAAGCUAGACUACACUACCUUCUCGCUUCCCUUUUCUUCCCCUACCCUCUUUCCUGAAGGACUCCUCUGCGAAGCUUCUUUCAUAGAUUUCUCACUCCCAGCUCCUUUAGAUCCAUUGCUCAACAAUUCAAUGGCCACUGCACCUAUCUCGCCACCUAUAAGGAAGAGAGGGGGUGGGGGAACCGGCGGUCAGAGGGCGCCGAGGAAAGAUAGACACAGCAAGAUUGAUACGGCUGCGGGGCCGAGGGAUCGUCGGAUGAGGCUCUCGCGUGAGGUGGCGCGAAAGUUUUUCGAUCUCCAAGACAUGCUCGGCUUCGACAAGGCCAGCAAGACGGUGCAAUGGCUCCUAACUAUGUCAAAAGCCGCUAUAAAGGACGUUGCCGCUGUCUCCAAUUCAAACUUGUGUUGGGACGGCGGUCUCAAGUGUACCCAGUCAUCUACUUCAGAUAGUGAGGAUGUCGUCUUGACUAAUUUAGGCAACAAUUUCAUGGGAAAGUUCUCUGAGAUGGCGGCUAGGGCUAGUGAUGGGUUAAAGAUUCCCAAAGAAAGAAAGGCAGCUGCAAAGCCUUUGAGGAUAGCUUCGCACGAUCCAAUCUUUGCAAAAGAGUCGAGGGCCUUGGCAAGGGCGAGGGCAAGGGAGAGGACGAGAGAAAGGAAAAGAAUGCGGUGGGUGAACUUAGCCUCGCCGGUCCGUAUUGAACCGAUGGAACGAGGAUCAAGAUCGCACUACAUGAACGAUCAAUCAGGUGAGUUAGUGGGUGAUGUAGAAGAAAUAUCUUUUUCCUCAUUUUACCAGGGUGCAUUUUUGAAGCCUGUUGGUGAAAGAACCCAUGAGUACCAUAUGUCUCGGGGGUCGAAUGAGGUCCUAGUCUUCGACUAUAGCCCGAGCAUUGUGAGCACCAAUAGCACGGUUGGUGUCUUCGAAGAGCAGUUGAACAUGGAAGGAGUCCUAAUGGCUGAUGCACACCUCUACUCAAGGGCAUGGUAGUCCUUCAACAACAGUAUUAUUCCAUGGUCUCACCAUCCCUAGCUUUCCUUCCCGUUCAAUCCCAUUAUAUACUUGAUCAGCUUCCUGUAAUGUUUGGCUUUCCAUGUUUGGCUUUUGUUGUUGUUCGAGGGUUUAUGAAGUAAAUUUUGAGUGUG